AAUGGGCGCGCACGAGGCGGGCGGCCAUGACAGUGGGCGGGCCGGGGCGGCUCCUCCCGGCUGGUGGCGGCGAAGAUGGCAGAUUUCCUGAAGGGGCUCCCGGUGUACAACAAGAGCAACUUCAGCAGGUUCCAUGCGGAUUCCGUCUGCAAGGCUUCUAACCGCCGGCCCUCGGUGUACCUGCCCACCAGAGAAUUCCCCUCGGAACAGAUUAUCGUGACAGAGAAGACAAACAUCCUCCUGCGCUACCUCCACCAGCAGUGGGACAAAAAGAAUGCGGCCAAGAAGCGGGAGCAGGAGCAGGGCGAGCUGGAGGGGGAGAACUCGGCGCCGCCGCGCAAGAUCGCCCGGACCGGCAGCCAGGACAUGACCGAGGACACUUAAAACCCUGGGAUUCCGGAAUUCCCAAGGCUCUUCCCGCUUCUUUUCACCUCCCACACCCCCCAGACCCACUGGGAAUUCCCAGGAUCCGCCCUAUUUAUUUGGGAUUUGCCUCGUGCCCGGGUUUUGGUUUGUAUUUAUGGGGUUUUUAUGGAGAGGAAGAAUUGCUCAUCCUUAGGGGCCCUAAUUCCCAAAAUUCCCCUUUUUCCUGGGAUAUCCCAGAAUUCCUAAUUCUCAAAAUUCCCCUUUUUCUUGAGAUUCCUGGGGUUUGCUCCUGAGAUCUCCCAGGACAGCUCAUUCCCAAACAUCCCCGUUUCCUGGGAUUUAUUCCCUUCCCAAAAUCCCCUUUUUCCUGGGAUUCCUCUAUCUGCUCCUUGUGGAAUUCCAGAACAACUCCUUUUUUCCCCCAAAAUUUCAUUUUUUGGGGAUUCUUGGGAUCUACUCCCUGUGAUCCCCCAGAAUUCCUCAUUCCCAAACCCCCACUUUUCCUGGGAUCUCCUCCCUUCCCAAAAAUCCCCUUUUCCCAGGAUUCCCCACAUCUCCUCCCUGUAAAAUUCCAGGAUUUUUUUCCCCUUCACUUCCCCUUGGAGAAAUUCCCAGGAAUCCUUUGGAUAUUCCCAACCCACCCACGACUGUGAGGCCUUUCCCAUUUUUCCAGAAAAUUCCCAACCCCUUCCCAGGCUCCGAUCAUGGCUGGAGCCAGUCCCUGGGAAUUUGGAUCCCGGGAUUUUUUUGGGGCUGGAUCCAUGGAAUUUUUUUCCCCGCCCUCUGGAAAAGCCAGGAGCUUAGAUCCUUAAAUCCCGAGUUUUUCCUGGGAAUCGCCGAAUCCUGCCCGAGGGAUCGCUCGGAAUUCCCCAGAUGGGAGCGGCUCCAGAUCUGGGAGAAUCCCGGCUGGAAUUUGGGAAUCCAGGCUGGAAUUUGGGAUCUGGGCUGGAAGAAUCCAGGCUGGAAUUUGGGAUCUGGGCUGGAAGAUUCCAGGCUGGAAUUCAGGAUCCAGGCUGGAAGAAUCCAGGAUGGAGUUCCAGGAAUCCAGCCUAGAAUUCAGGAAUACAGGAUGGAAUUCAAGAAUCCAGGCUGGAAUUCGGGAAUCCAGGAUGAAGAAUCCAGGUUGGAAUUUGGAAUCCAGGCUGGAAUUCGGGAAUCCAGGAGGAAGAAUCCAGGCUGGAAUUCCAGGAAGGCAGAGCCCAUCCCUGCUCCCCAAACCCUCGGCGCUCGGCCAAUUCCCAGCCGCCUUCCCGGGACCACCCAGAGGCUCGGGAUCCACGGAGAACUCGGGAAAGGACGGGAUGAUCCCGAAAUUCCAGCUGCUUUUCCAUGAGGAGCUGAUUCCUGCAGGAAUCCUGGAAUUCGGGGCCCUUCUCCCUCCCCUUGCUGGGAAAUUUUUCCAGGAGAUUCCCAAAAUCGAUUCCCUGACUCUGGGAGGGUUCCUGCCGCCCCUUUUCCCGGAAAAUCCCAGAUCCACCCUCGGAAUUCCGGGCUGGGAAGGGCCAAAACUCCUCCAGAAGCUGGGGAGGAGCAGGACAUGGCUCCGGUCAGAAUUCCCGGAAUUUGGGACUGGAAUUCAGUCCAGAACUUUGGCUCUGCCUCCGUUUUUCCCAAUUUUUUUGUUUUGUUUUGUUUUGUUUGUUUUUUUAUUGAAGCGACUUUGGAAUUCCUGGAAUGCGGUGUAGGGGGGGUGGGGGGAGGGGAAGGACAAGCGGAAUUCCUGGGAUUUGGGUUUGCUUUGGGAUUUCCAGCUGGAGAACUCCGGGAGGAGCCGGAUUUGAGGAAUCUCCGGGAGCCAUUCUGGGGUUUCCAGGAGAGGAGGGCGGAUCCCGGCGUUCCCGAGGCUCGGGAAUGUUGUUCCAUUAAAGAGUUGGCACUUCCUGCUA